AUAUACGUCUACCGGAACGCCCAUUACUUUCAGACCACGAACAGCCAGCUUGCGACGUUUGUUUUCAUACCAGAUCAUCCCAUACCUCAUCAUGGCACCUCUCAAGCCUCACUGGGCGCAGCCAUCGCACCCGGACAUUCACCAAGUCAUUGUCAAUGAGGCCGAGUUCACAUCCAAGAGCCUCUCCAAAGUUACAGUGCCACCGUUUGGAGUGUUUGCAAAGAUGACCUUUCCGCCAUGUACAAUCACGCCGGAAGCGACCUAUGCCACCGUACAGAUCGGGAAGAACAGGCACAUCAGUCUCAAUAGUGACUUGCUGUACCUCAACCACUCAUGUGACCCAUCUUUGAUUCUCGAUACGGCAAACCUCGAUAUUCUUGCCGGUCCAAAGGGGUUGAAACCUGGUGAUGAGCUCACGUUCUUCUACCCUUCCACAGAGUGGCACAUGGCGCAACCAUUUGAUUGCCUGUGCCAAUCAGCCUCCUGCCGCGGCACCAUCACAGGCGCCCAGGGCAUGGACCCUCGAAAGCUGGAGGGCUUCUGGCUGAGCGGCCAUAUUCGUCAGAUGCUCGAGGAAAAGGCCACCGGCAAGCCUGCGGAUGCCCAUGCGGACGUGCCAGACUUGGUAGGCGAUGCAACAGCCCAGCUACUGAGAGCGGCUCUAUCCAAAGCCGAGGACGUCGCCAGCAAGGCCCGGGCGGCAUUGGACGGCUACACUGCCUCCACGCUCGUGUCGUUGGAAGAUGAGGCUACCAAAGGGACAAUUGCCAACGCCGCAUAGAAAAGGGGGUGGGGGAUGCCCCGUUCUUUUCAUACAUGGCGCAGACAAGGUCUGCUACCAGUGCUCGUGAUGAUGUGUAUAUACACUUAUAUAUGUGCCACUCCGUAAUAUACUGGCCCAGCGUCUCGGGUAUAUCCUGAACAGUCCGGCUCUCGAA